GGGAUCAGCAUGCAGAGGAAGGGGGCAACCUCCCUGCCAUGCUUUCCUCCUCCAGGGUUUAUAUUCUGCUACAAUGUUUCUCUCUCCUGUCUGGCUACAGCAGGUGCUGUCUGCUGGUGUCUGAUCCCAAGAUGCUUUCGGGUCUUAGAGGAAUGUGUUUCCCAUUGGCCUUACAGCUGAGAGGAAUUCGGGUCUCUAAGGUUACUGCACCGAUAUGUAGACACAGUUCAUUUUCCGGAACAACCCUUUCUACAAAAGGACUCUUGAGUACCACUCGGCUACCGUUACUGCGGCUCUCGCCCACUAGUCUCGGCUGUAGACUUGGCCUACAUACCUCCGCCCAGCACCUGAAGAAAAGAAAAGACACUGAAGAUAAUUAUAUUGCUCUGCUGGGCGGUUACGCCCAAGAACUGAAAAAUGCACCAAAGUCUACAAUGUCUCUAAGCCUGUUUGGGCUGAUCCCCCUGGUGGCUGCACCUCUAACCAUGAGCAUCACCAAGUGUUACCACCCAGAACUGGCGUUUAUGCAGCUGGCCUGCGCCAACUGCAUCUUGUGCUUUUUCGGUGGGGUUCGGUGGGGUUUUAUGGUUCCUGAAAGCAGCCCGGCCAAGUUGGGAUUUGUUCUGGGUGCGGUGCUCCCUUACACGGCCUGGGUAUCUCUAAUCCUGUGUGAGGAUAUCGGCGUGUCUGCUCUGAUGCUGAUCGGUAGCUUAAUCAUUCUUCAGUUCGGGGGUGUUGGAAUGCUUCACCCUUAUCCGUUCUGGCUGAAUUUUCUCAAAACUGUUUUUUUUAUGGUCGCUUUAGUCUCCAUCGUAACCACAUUGUGGAUGUCGUCUUUUUUUCCAGAAAAACCAUUAAAGAAAGCAAAAAAAUAGAAACGGUGGGCGGUCUGCAGGAUGUAUGUUCAGAGUUUAACUUCCUCUGCGAACUAGAAGUGCUAGUAGGUAGGAAGAUAUCUAGUAGCACUUGGCAGAGUUAUAAAUCGUCAGAUGACUACUUCAGAACUAACUGUUGGAUUAAAGAGGUUUUCUUCUUAAAAGUGAUUGGACCAGGCUCCUUUAUGGCUUAAAUUGAGCAUGAGUAAGGGGACAUUGUUACUGUGUGUUUUUACGAAGUGUGCAUAUAGAAAUGGAGGUGCAAAACUGAGCCCUCACUAAAAAUGAAGAAAUAAAGGUUUUUCUAUACUGGACAAA